CGAAUGCAUAUUGUUUCCAUCAUUUUCCCAUACCUGCUCGUUUCAUUUUCUCUGUUUCUGGCUGCCUCCCUUUCUUUUUCUCUCGACUAUUAUUAUAAUCAACAUUAAUCUAAUUUUUUAAGUGAUCCCUACCUCAAUCUCUGAUUUUGAAAAGGCUUGAGCUUGCUUAUAAUAUUUGGAGACAUGGGUGUUGAUCUUGAAUCUCUUUCAGAGGCAACCUCUGGUGCCAUUGGCUCCUUGCUCAGUACGACGAUCUUGUACCCUCUUGAUACAUGUAAGACCAAGUAUCAAGCCGAGGUUCGUGCUCAUGGCCAGCGAAAAUACAGGCACCUUUCUGAUGUUUUAUGGGAAGCGCUAUCCAAUGGGCAAAUUCUUUCACUGUAUCAAGGCUUAGGGACCAAAAAUCUGCAGUCUUUCAUUUCACAGUUUGUCUACUUCUAUGGGUACAGCUACUUUAAAAGGCUAUAUCUGGAAAAAAGUGGUUUCAAAAGUAUUGGAAUGAAAGCCAACUUGAUUAUUGCUGCUGCUGCUGGUGCUUGCACUGCCAUCGUGACUCAGCCCUUAGAUACGGCCUCCUCAAGGAUGCAGACAAGUGCCUUUGGCAAAUCAAAAGGACUUUGGCAGACUUUGACUGAGGGCACUUGGAGUGAUGCAUUUGAUGGCCUUGGCAUCUCUCUUUUGCUGACCUCAAAUCCUUCAAUUCAGUAUACAGUGUUUGAUCAACUCAAAGAAAGAGUUCUCAAGGGAAAGGAAGAUGCUGCAGACAAGGGUUCCUCUGUUGAAGCCCUUUCUGCCUUCGCAGCUUUUGUUCUGGGUGCAAUUUCAAAGAGUGCUGCCACCUUCAUUACAUAUCCUGCAAUCAGGUGUAAGGUGAUGAUUCAAGCAGCAGAUUCAGAUGAUGAUGAAAACAAGAAAGGUCAACCGGAAUCCAGUAAAACAGUGCCUGCAGUUGUGUGUGCGAUAUGGAGAAGAGAAGGAUUUUUGGGAUUUUUCAAGGGAUUGCAAGCCCAGAUCUUGAAGACUGUACUGAGCUCAGCAUUGCUUUUGAUGAUCAAAGAGAAAAUUACCAGAAGUACUUGGGUUCUCAUACUUGCAAUCAGAAGGUAUCUAUUGCUUACAAGGGGCAGAAUAAAAAGUGCCUGAUGGCAAUAAAUCAUUGAUAAUAUGCUUUAGUUCUUUGUAAAUAGAGUGGCUUUAAUUGGAUGCCAAGAAAUAGAUGGAUUUUAUGAGAGCCAGGUUCAAUUCCUCAAACAGGAAGGUCAAUGGUGAAAAAUAAAUACUUGAAGUCCAAGGGUAAACGGUACCGAAUCAAGGCUACAUAUUUUAUCCUUAGGGUAAGAUAUAGUUUGCGAGAAAUAAUCUGAAGCAGGAAUUCUUACUUUGCAGGGAGACUGAUUAAUACCCGUAUAAACUGUGACUUGUAUUGUUUUCAAUUCAGUUCAUUUUUCAUUUUCUUCUUAUUA